AUGACCGAAGUCGAAGAGCCUCAAUUUACGUCCCUAUCGGCUCGUAUUGCGGCAUUGAAUCAACAAGGUGUUGGGAAGAGCUUGAAUGCACAAUCGACCGGCAAAAGACCACCUCCCCCUCCUCCACCCUCGAAUCGUCCCGCCCUGCCUUCGAGAAACACAACGAACAAUCCACCAAUCGCCACAUAUAGCUCCUCGGUCACGAAACAGGCAAACAAUGAACCCAUCAGUGCGCGAGGCCAAGGUCUCCUCCCUCCACCCCCCAUCGAUCGAGACCAGCCGAAGCAGAUAGCCUUGAAGACACCUCCUCUGCCUGCCCGAAAUGCUCCUCCCCCUCUUCCAAGCCGAAAGGCUUCACAGCCAGCUCUACCUCCUCGAAAAGCCUCAGCUCAACUGUCCCCAAACACACAAUUGGUCCGCCGAGGCUCGAAUUCCUCCAUAAUGUCACACAGCUCUUCGGUGUCGGGGAUGUCGUUAAGUCAAGGGUCAUCAAUCACAAGUGUAUCCUCGGUGGACUCGCAGAGAAAAUUACCCCCAGCGUUAGGAGAGGCAAAGCUCCCACCUCUUCCUCCAACGAAGAGAGAGCUGGAGGAGAAAGCUGCAGCUGUCAAGGCGGCCAAGACACCUCUGGUCUCGACCAAAUCAGCUCCUGUACUACCUUUGCGACAGCCUCCCGUUUUGGAUCGAGACAUAGCUCCCAAGAUGCCUCCAAGACCAAGUGGGCAACCCAAGAUGCCUGAUAGACCUGUGAACGAGAGGAAUGAGAGCGAAGAAAGAGCUCCUGCACAACCGCAAAGAAGACUUCCACCGCCCUCGGGGCCAACACGGUCGAUAUUGACGAUGGGAUUCGGAAACAAGAUAAAUGAGAUUCCCCCUCCUACUCCUGGACCAAGACCUUCGAAUUCGUCAAAUGAGACUCCAAACCCCGCUCCUAGACCGGCACCAACAUAUUCCAGG